CGAGCCCAGCGCAGAGAAGCAGGACCGAUGAGCAGCGACGGGAUCCCGUGCCUCUAUACCAAGCACAAAACGCAGAAGGCCAAGACGUACCAUGACGGGAAGCUCGUGAAGCUCUCGACCAAGCUCAUGCUCUACGACGUUGACGGCAAGAGCCUCGACUCGAAGCCAUACCUUCCCCACGAGUGGAAUGCUCAGUUUCCCAACUUUGAGUUCCCCAAAUUCCUCGUCGAGAUUGAUUCGUGUGUGAUGGCCACACCGACAUCGACGCUCAACACGCCCAGCGCCGCGGCCGUCGCUCCGCCUCCGCCUUCGUCGUUUGUCUCGGGCCGGAUGCCAGCGCCACCUGGCGGUGCAGCGAAAUUCCAGGCUCCGCGAGGUGGCUUCCGGGCCCCAAAGCGAAAGAUUGACGAUGCCGAGUUGGCACCCACGGCGACCCCCAGCGCCGAGGCCAACGCCCGAAUGCGCCAGCUCGACCCAGCGGAAGCACACCAGCUCUCGGAGCCGGACGACGUCACCAUGUGCCUGUCGCACAACCCUCGAGCGGGCCACCGCUGA